AAGAUUUGUUUGACACGGCAGGGACUGGAUCCAAAAUCGACGGCGACUUUGUUCUCAAACUCGACCUGCAUCGGCGAGAAAACGAUCAACGACGAAGAUUGCUUCAUUCUAAAACUGGAAGCCGAAUCGCCAGUCCUACGCGCAAGAAGCAGUAGCAGCGUCGAAAUAAUCCGCCACACAGUUUGGGGAUAUUUCAGCCAAAGAACCGGCCUCCUCGUGGAGCUAGAAGAUUCGCAUCUCCUCCGAAUCAAAGCCGGAGGAUCACGAAACGACGAUAUAUUCUGGGAGACGACAAUGGAAACCCUAAUUCAGGACUACAGAAAGAUCGACGGCGUAAACAUUGCACACGCUGGAAAAACAACCGUCUCGCUUUUUCGAUUUGGCGAAAGCGCUGAAGGCCAUUCGAAAACGAAGAUGGAAGAGACUUGGGAGAUCGAAGAGGUUGAUUUUAAUAUCCAGGGUUUAUCGAUGGACUUCUUUUUACCUCCCAGCGAUUUAAAGAAGGAAAAGGAAGGAGUUGGUGCAACGAGUAAUGGAAAGUUGCCGUUGACGAUGAGAUGUGCGGCGGCGGCGGCGGCGACUGCUGGUUCGAAGAUUUGUUCGUCGAGAGUGGCGGCCAUUGAUGUCGAUGAAUCGGAGGGCAGUAAUCAGAGUGAUGAAGAUGAAGAGGCUGAGCCGUGAAGAAAUAUAUUUAAAUUUUGAAACUCAAAUUUUUGGAAAUUUGUACAUAAUCCAUGACAUUAUAUAUGUAAAGAGAGAGCUCUCUAUUUAUAGACUUUUCCAGGUAUGUAGGCCUGGGCUUUAAUGGUUUUGGGCCCAACUAAUAACUUGGGCUUUAUGAACUUUGAGCCCAAACCCUUUGAAGUUGGGCUUU